UAAAAUUCAUUCAGUCUCGUUCUUAUCGCCGACGCAGCCAUGAUACUUAAAUCGCGAAAACAUUUCACAUUAUUUUAUCACCCCAAGUUAUUCAAUACUCAACCAGUCAAUUGUAAUCGCAAUUUAUAUUCGAAAAGUUUCUGUGGAUCAACGAAAUUCAAAUCGUUACACACGACGAAUUUCACUAAUUCCAAAUCCUAUCGAUCAACCAUCGGUGAAAAUAAUAUCUUCAGGAGUCGACAUGAAGAUCUGGAAUUGCCUACUUGUUCUGUUCAUGAAUACGUGUUGAGAGAAUCGCACAAAUGGUGGAAUAAAGUUGCUCUAGCAUGUCCCGACACCGGAAGGACAUACACUUACGAAGAACUUCGAAAGACAUGUGGAAAAUUCGCGACAUCACUUCGAAGACAAUUGCCUCCUGGUGCCACCCUAGCAGUCAUCCUGCCAAAUGCCAUCGAAUACCCAAUUAUCACUCUAGGUGCAAGUGAAGCAGGUGUUCGGAUGACGCUGAUGAAUCCUGAGUUCACAGCUCUCGAGAUGAAUAGACAACUCGAGAAUUCAGAUGCCACAGCUGUAAUUACAGAUAAAUCUCAUUACCCUCGGGUUAUGGAGAGCAUAAAAAUGGGGAAUACAUUGGUUCGAUCACCAGUUAUUGUGAUUUCAAACACGGAUGUGCCUCCUGGUGCCAUCGACUUUAAGGAUCUUGUGUCUGAUAAAGUCGAGGAGUUCGAAAAAACUCUGGACAAGACUAAGAUUGAUCCACUCAAUGAUACCAUGGUCCUUCCUUAUUCCAGUGGAACAACUGGACUGCCUAAAGGCGUCGAACUCACCCACAGAAAUAUCACAGCUAAUUUGUGCCAGGUUUCUUGUGAAGCGUGCAACUCCCUAAUUAAGGCCGUAGAUGAAUACCAGGAGGUCAUACCCGUGUUUUUGCCUGCGUAUCAUAUUUAUGGCCUUACUAUUUGUCUUUUUGCAUCUCUCAGUCAGGGCGCAAAACUCAUCAUCAUGCCGCAGUUUACAUCAGACAAACUUCUGCAGGUUUUGGAGAAAUACAAGACAACAAUUUUAUUUGCUGUUCCUCCAGUGAUUCAAUUGCUGAUCCAUGACAAUAGAUUUCAAUCGAAGCAUUUUGCCACUAUGAGAAUAAUUUUCUCUGGAGCAGCUCCUAUAACUCUCGAGAAAAUAGCGCAAUUCAAAGCGAAAAUUACAAGCGAUUCUGAAUUUAGCCAGGGCUACGGAUUGACGGAGACGUCUCCAACUUUGACGUCGGGAUACGGAGCGGUGAUGGAAUCCGUUGGUUUUCUCCUUCCAAAUACCGAACUAAGAAUUUUUGGUGACGAGAGAAAUCUAGGGGUUGGAGAAAUAGGGGAGGUUUUCGUAAGGGGACCACAGAUUAUGAAGGGAUACUAUAAAAAUGUCAAGGCUACCCAGGAUUGCAUGGAUGGUGAGUGGUUUAAAACCGGUGACCUGGGGUACAUCGAUGAAAUAGGACAAUUAUUCAUCACUGGACGUAUGAAGGACCUCAUAAAGGUCAAAGGAUCACCAGUGUCGCCGACUGAACUUGAAAAUCUCCUCCAUGGGCACGAGCAAAUAGCGGAUGCUGCUGUAAUCGGUGUUCCCCACGAGAGAUUUGGCGAAGUGCCGAAGGCAUUUGUUGUACUUAAACGGGGAGCAAAAGUCACCGAGGAAGAGAUCAAAGACUUCAUUGCUCAACGUGUUGUCAAAUACAAACAACUCGGUGAUGUUGUGUUCACUGAUAAAAUAAACAAGAGUCCUGCGGGCAAAGUUCUCAGACAAGAGCUCCAGAACGAGUAAAGAGAGCCCAUUAAAUUCAA